AAAGAUCAAACUAAAGCCUUAUAGUGGAAUGCUCAACAUUGACUUUGGAAAAGGGAUUGGAAAGAGAGACGUUUAUCUGUUGCACUUGCCUGAGGUACGAAGUGCUCAUGAGAUCCUUGGAGUACCUACUGUCAGUGCUCGAUUUGGAACUGCACCUUUCUUCUGGAAUUGGGGAAUGGAAGCUAUGACAAAUCUUCUUCCUGUGGAAUUUCUGAGAGAUAGGAGCAAAGUCCAAGAAUUGGUUCAAUUGUUUGACCCCAUAGUCCGAGCUAUGGAUGGAAUUGCAGGAGAGCGUGUGUCAAUGAGGGUUGAUUUGGAGUGUUCAGAUGGCCGCAAUACAGUUGGUCUUUUCAGUCACCGUAGACUCUCUGUCUCAGUUGGAUUUGCCACAGCUGCAUUUGCACUGGCCGUGCUUGAGGAAGCAACCUGGUGUCUGGUUCCAGAAGAGGUAUGUUUACAACAGCACAAGGAUUUAAAGCAGCAGUAUUUGAAUUCAACACUGUUAACCUUCUCUUACGUUGUUCACAUAGCCUGA